AUGGUAGAGGAGACUCCAACCGUUGCGGAUCCGCGCCAACAACUCCGAGAGUUGAUUGAUACUUCUCCUCGCAAUGAUCAUAUGAUUCAGGAUGGUGACUACUGCCGCAGCGCUGGCUUCUUGGUUCAAUUUAGCGAGGAGGAAGUCCAACAACUCAUCCGGAUCUACACAGUCCACGAGCCAAACUUGCGCCCAGGACUGCUGGCAACGCAAUGUGAAGCAUCAUUUGGUCAGUACUUUCGGACCAAAGAAGCUUCCCACUUGCCAAAAGCGGUAGCCUUUGGCUCUCUAAUUGCCUACCAUGUCUCGCUCGAUGCUGAUAAUGCUGAUCGCGGUGUGCUGCUCAGCAUUUUUGCCAGAUCACUGCUCGUUCAGUGGCAACAUACACACUCAGAAACGCCCUCUGUCGGGAAAUUACUCGACGACUCGAUAUACUACUGCCGCAAGGCCGUGGAGCUGGGGCCUCUCGAAGAGAUUAAUCGUGCGUUACACUUCUACGACCUGGGCGACCAGCUCACGGCAAGAUACGCCACGCGGCACGAUGCCGCUGACUUCGCUGAAGCAGAGGACUGUUUCCAACAGGCGUCUACCCUGAGACCAGCAGGGCGACCCAUCUUCUUGUUUAGGUGGGCGAGACUGCUCAGGGAACGGGACGAAUUUGAACAUCGCGACAAGGCCGAGAUGCUGCGCACGUAUAUGGGCAAGCUGAAAGAAGCCGUGGCCAGCGAAACCAACGCGUUCAGGCCCACCCAGUAUCGUACUUCCCUCAGCACCGUAUGGUGGCAUUUCGGAUACGCCUUCUGGGAGCGCUCUGAGCUUACACAGAGAGCGGAUGACCUGAAGCACGCUGCUGGUUGUUUUGGGCAGGCCAGAUUGGCACCCGUUCACGGCUCUAUAGACCGCUUCCGCGCCUGUCAAGACCUGGGACGAGUGAACGCGAUCCGGUUCAUGCAGAAUGGGAAUCUGGAGGACGGCGAUACUGCUGUGGAGAUGUUGAACGAAGCCCUCAAGAUCCAGCCAGACUCGUCGCUGGUAAUGGAGUCUCUUGGGAACCAUCUACGCGUCUUCGCCAACUACACCAACUCGGACGAGAUGCUCACAGAGUCGGCAGAGAUUCUGGGCAAGGCCGUUCGUGCCAGCACACAGCCAAGCGAAUCGAUCUGUCACGCCCACGCGGUAACGCUUAUGGAACUAUUCAGGAGGAGCGCUAAGAUGGAAGACAUCGAUGAGGCUAUCCAACGGUUCCGCACGCUCGUUGACUUGCCAUUCGAAGACGAGGAGGAGCAUGCCAGAUAUCCAAUGAAGCUUUCUCAGUGCCUGCUACUGCGCUACGAAGCCUUUGGGCAGCAGGAUGAUCUGGAUAAAGCUCAGUGUGAAGCCGACCGUGUCAUCUCUUCAAGCACAAUCUCUGAAUCUCUAAGGGGCGAAUGUCUUCACGUCCACGGACUGAUCUCCUUUGCACGAUAUCAUACGAGCGAUCAGGUCGAAGAUCUCAACCAGGCAAUCACACAGUACGAAGAAGCGUUGUCGAAACCUGGCAAUGAUGGAAAAACCACAUAUUCUAUGCACAAUGAUCUUGCCAAUGCGUACUAUUUCAAGUUCAAGAUCAGCUUGAAGUUGGAGGAUCUCUCAGCUUCAAUUCGUGGGUAUCAAUCCUCUCUCAAGGCCUUGGAAGAAAGCGGACUGGAAAACGCCAAGAGGGCCAAUUUGAUGGUCACGCAUGGACUGGCUAUCUCACUCACGGCGCAAUUUGAGGUCACUCAGCAGCAACGAGACAUUGACAGAGCUAUUGAGUGCUACCAAAAGUGUUUGCAGGGUGCCACAAAGAGAACCCUGCAGUAUGUCAGCCGAGCGACCAAUCUCUCCUUUGCUUACCAGGAACGGUACAAGCUCACGGAGCAAAUAGCCGACGUCAAACAGUCGCAGAGCAUUCUACUUGAAGUUCUCGAGUGGAAUCUUGACCUUCCGGCGGAUCAUCAUUCUAACAUGUGCAACCAGCUUGGACGGGCAUAUCUGUUCUCCUAUAUCGAGUACCAAGAGCCAAUAUACCUGGACCUUGCGAAAGAGCAAUUCCAGAGUGCGCUCUCUUCGGGUAGCACGCGCUACGCCUUCCAGUUGGCAGCCUCUGUGAACCUAGCCCGGGUGUUGAGAUACAAGGCCCGACAGACGAAAGACGUUAAAGACCAGGUCGCUGCGCUAGCGCAAAUGAAAGAUAAUCUUGAACGUCUGAAGCCACUUCAAGAGAGUAGCCAACGUGUGCAUCAGGAUGCAUUCAUGUACAACUUCCUCGACUUUAUUCUUGACACCUGGGAGGAUUCCGGGUACAACGCUACCUCCUUGUUUGGGCAGAUGUACCUCAAUGCUGUCUUGACGAUACUCCCCAAAAUGAAGGCACUACAGGUCUCUGCCAUCGUCCGACUCUAUAUCUACGCAGCCUUGGCGCAACACGUUGUGGCCAAAAAGCCAGAAGAAGCUCGCAACAUGAUCCGUGCAGCGGCUGAGCUCUUGCCUAAAGCUAUACUGCUCAGUUUUGACCGCAAGGAUGUUCUCAACAACUUGGACAAUUUUGUCGCCUUACCAAGCUUCACCAUCUCAUACUCUCUGGAGGCGGGAGACCCGCCAUCCCAGGCUCUCCAACUCUUUGACAAAGUCCGCAGCGUCAUGUGGGAUCAUGUGCUGAGUAGCCAAUUGACACUGCAAGGGAAACGGAUUGAGGAUUUCCCGGCUUUGCAGGUUAAAUUGGAAAAGAUGCAAAAGCCUGUUUCGAAAGCCAAAGCCCGCCAGACGAAGAAUGCCCUUGCGGGAGAUAUCGGCGAGAGCCUGGUGCAACAACACGAGGUAUAUUGCGAGUCCGUGGCAUAUCAGGAGAUUCUGGAUGAGUCGAGAAAAGAUCCCGAGCUAGAUGGGUUUCUACGCUUGCCAGGAGACACUUCUGACCUGAUCGAGUAUGCACAGGAAGGGCCCAUUAUCAUUGUUAACCACGGCCUCUGCCGCAGCGAUGCUAUCAUCGUGACUACUGAAGCGGUUGACUCGCUUCGCCUCCCGAUGUUAGAGGGACAAUCUAUGACAGAAAGGGAGGAGUGGUAUACAGAAGCCCUCCAGCUCAUGAGUAGCGAUCUCCCUGCCGCAACACGGCGACUGGAACAAGUCCUCGAAUGGCUGUGGGAUGCCAUUGCGGAGCCAAUUCUACAAUAUCUUGGUUUCAAUGGCGAAAUGACUGCGGACAGCGAGUUACCACGAACAUGGUGGAUCACCACGGGUCGAAUCGGUACAUUCCCCCUCCACGCCGCAGGCACUUCGAAGAAGGGGCCGAACUGCACCAUUAUGGACCGGACCGUACCAUCCUAUACCAACAGUCUCCGUGCUCUGGCAUAUACACGCAGCCGGCGACGCACUACUCAGUUAGAGCCACAAUCCCGGACAGAGAAGCGCGCGCUCCUGAUUUCUAUGGACACGACACCCGAGAUGGGAGAGGACGCACACCUACCCAACGCCGAGCGUGAGGUAGCCAGCAUCCGAGGGAUUGUUGACAGCCGAGGCGGGAAGAGUAAGGUCCUUCUUAGUCCCAAUCGAGACGUGGUCUUACGCCACCUCGGACGAGCUGACAUCGCCCACUUUGCCUGCCAUGGUGUCUGCGAUGGUGAUGAUCCUGCUCGUAGUGCGCUCCGUCUGACGGAUUGGUUAUCUAAGCCCCUUGAUGUAAGAUGUCUUCUUCAACAGGGGGAUCUUAAUUGUCAACUUGCGUAUCUCUCUGCGUGUGAGAGUGCCUUGAACAAGUCCAAGUUCCGUGAUGAAGGGUUGCAUCUGGCUGGUGGCUUCCAGAUGGCUGGGGUACCUCAUGUCAUUGCCAGUCUUUGGCGGGUGGAUGAUUUCUUCAGUGUUGAUAUCGCUGAGAGAUUCUAUAAGGCUCUUGGGGCGCUGGAGACAAAUCUCGAUCCGAGUCAGUCGGCGAAGGCGCUUCGGCGUGUCAUCCUGGAGUUGAGGGCAUCUGGUGUUAGUCCAGUAUUCUGGGCUUCGUAUAUACAUAUGGGUCCUUGA